AUGGACACGCUGCUAAAUCCAUUUCCGAACACUCUUCGACAACUUCGCGACCUUAGAGCCACUGUAUUCUAUUCUACAAUGGAUUCUCGCAAAAGGUCUCCCUCCCCACUGCUUAACCCGACAAACACUCCCGAAUUUCGACCGAGUCGCUCGAAGAGUCGCUCGGAUGAGUUGGAUGUUCCUAAUGCAUUAUGUGAUAAAGGCGCUGAUGAGAAAUGGCUACCAUGCUUGAUUUCAUGCAACGAUCUCAAAGUCAUGUCUGCAACACGCAUUUACAUAACUCCUUUCCAGCGUUUUUGGUACUGGCAUGUUUACGUUCUCAAGGACAUUUUCCCAACGAUGAAGCGCGAGGCGCCUCUACUGAAACAGGUCAGCGCUGAUGAGCAGCAGAAGUUUGCCAGGGAUAUACAGACGCACUUGAAGGAUAAUAAUCUCUUCAUCGACUCGUUUGGAAACGAAAGCCUCCGAUCUGGGUUCUGGCGAUGCCUGUUACACUACGCUACCAUUUCAUCUGGGCACGAUGACAAAUUUAUUCACGCCACAAAGUUAAACUGCGAUGAUCUGGAGGACUUGACUCUUCGAGCCCUUGACAAAAUGUCCAUGGCAGAAGCCUUACAUGCGAUCGCCCUUCUGAGAACCCUAUUGGUCCAAUGCGGUGGCCAAGAACUGUCGCGGCAGUCUUCGUUUCCUCGAAGUCGCCAAACGUCUGCUCAUGUCUUGAGCAAGCUUUUCGGGACUUUUAAGGCACAGGGACCAUGGGUCUACGAAACAGGGGGAAAGUUGGUCACGAGAAUCACCCAAGAAGGACAGCGGCCGAUCGCAACCGGAUACAGGCCUGCAUUUGAUAAACCAGACUAUUGGUCUUCCGCGCCAGACGAUGUUCUGUUCUCGCUGAAAUAUAAAGAAUGGAUGGAGAAUGGCGGUUUUACUUCUCCCCUCAACUUGCGACUCCCUGAUCUCGUUGGACUCCAUAUCACCGAAGCACAAGCUGAGACGAUUAAAGAGAAAACAAACGCGCUUUGUGGAGAUAUUCAAGUCCCAUCCCAGUUCCAUGACAUACUAGGGCUCUUGUGGUACGUCGCCAAUGGUCCAUCCGACGUCGACUUUCAACGUCACCUACACCGCGCCUCGUCCAGGUUUAAAUCCUACUUACGACGAGAACUUUCCAGAUCAGAUCAGGACCUAAUGAGUGACUAUUUUCAAUCCCUACUGUCAAUUUUCUGUGCCGUCGAAUCUCUCCCUCUCGACGGCACCCUAACACAUUCCGACGCCGACUUAACAUACUUCGUCGAUCUCCUGCAGGGUAGGACACCUUCGUCUUGGAGGUCUCUUCAGUCGGUGCUUGAUGCUUUUGACAGAGCUCGCAAGCAAAUUGGGGAGCGGCCGGAAAAGGAGGAUGAUGUCCGUGUGAGGUAUUGGAUGUUCAGGCUCCAAUCUCAUGAUCAUGAGUCUGCUUAUGGCAACUGCACUUUGAAGUGA